GUUAUAACGUAGAGGUGCAGUGGCGUUUGAUCCCGUCUCGCGCACGAGGUCCCCGGGUCCCGCUUCCCAGCGCCUGCAGCGAAGAUGUCCCACCCGUCCCCGGCAGCCAAGCCUUCCAACUCCAAGAAUCCGCGAGUCUUCUUUGACGUGGACAUCGGCGGGGAGCGAGUUGGACGAAUUGUUUUAGAAUUGUUCGCAGAUAUUGUUCCCAAAACUGCAGAAAAUUUUCGUGCGUUGUGUACAGGAGAAAAAGGAACUGGGCCCACGACUGGGAAGCCUCUGCAUUUUAAAGGAUGCCCUUUCCACCGAAUUAUUAAGAAAUUUAUGAUUCAGGGUGGAGACUUCUCAAAUCAGAAUGGGACAGGUGGCGAAAGUAUUUAUGGUGAAAAAUUUGAAGAUGAAAAUUUUCAUUAUAAGCAUGAUCGGGAGGGUUUGCUGAGCAUGGCAAAUGCAGGCCCCAAUACGAAUGGUUCUCAGUUCUUUAUCACAACAGUUCCAACUCCUCAUUUGGAUGGGAAACAUGUGGUAUUUGGUCAAGUCAUAAAAGGACUAGGUGUGGCAAGGAUGCUUGAAAAUGUAGAAGUGAAUGGUGAAAAACCUGCUAAACUCUGUGUAAUUGCAGAAUGUGGAGAACUGAAAGAAGGGGAUGACUGGGGAAUAUUCCCCAAAGAUGGCUCUGGUGAUAGUCAUCCAGACUUCCCCGAGGAUGCAGAUAUAGAUUUAAAAGAUGUAGAUAAAAUUUUAUUAAUAUCCGAAGACUUAAAAAACAUUGGAAAUACUUUUUUCAAGUCUCAGAACUGGGAGAUGGCUAUUAAAAAGUAUGCAAAGGUUUUAAGGUAUGUGGAUAGUUCAAAGGCUGUUAUUGAGAAAGCAGAUAGAUCCAGACUGCAACCUAUAGCCUUAAGUUGUGUGCUGAAUAUUGGUGCUUGUAAGCUGAAGAUGUCAAAUUGGCAGGGGGCAAUUGACAGUUGCUUAGAGGCUCUUGAAAUGGACCCUUCAAAUACUAAAGCACUGUACCGAAAAGCACAAGGAUGGCAAGGAUUGAAAGAAUAUGAUCAAGCAUUGCUAUCCAGGCGGAAUUGCUUAAAGUCAAACAAAUGAUAAAGGCACAGAAAGAUAAAGAGAAGGCUGUGUAUGCAAAAAUGUUUGCUUAAUAAUGAUUAAACUCUCUUUAACUAUUAUACAUUGAUUAUAUAAAGGACAAUGUCUAUUACUGUCUCCACGAACCCUGAUGUGUUUCCCUUGAUCUUUGUCAUUGUUUACAUAGCAGUGCUGACAUGGGUUCCUUCCUAAUAAAGAGUUAAAAGAUACAGUGAUCUCAUUUUAAAAUGUUCCUGUCUUCAUUUUCACCAAGAGUGGUAUCUGGCCAGUGUUUAAACGCUAACUCUCACUAAAUUUUAUGCUUUGUGGGUGGUCUAGCCCAGCAGUUCUC